ACGCCUCUGACGUCAACACGCCCGGGCAUGCCUACUAAGCUCGAACAUAAACAAAGGCUGGACGCUAACGGCGCAAAAUAACUCAACUUAUCCAUCUUUGUAUCAUCAUUUAUGGUUUCGGCGGCAUAAAUACAGAGUCUAUUUUAUUUUAGCGAUGGAAACAGCAUUAUUGAUGCGAGUCAGUGUCUUCACCGACCAAGGAGGCAGAAAAUACAUGGAGGAUGUCACCGAGGUCGUAGUGGAGCCCGAGCCGGGGGAGGAGGUGUCGAGGACGGGGGAAAAAUACGAAAGUGGGACCACCGGCAGUUAUGUGGUCGAUGGGGCACACUCACCCAGGACCACGGAGGCAGAUAUCUACCCACGUAUUGAAGCUACGUCUAUACAAGUGAUAGAAAACGAGCAGGUCGAAACACGUCCGUCUACAGACCAGACACCGGCUGAUGCCGGGGACUGUGCGCCUCGCUCGGUCGCCUUCUUCGCCGUUUUCGAUGGUCACGGUGGCCGAGAGGCAGCACAGUUCGCCCGAGACAAUUUGUGGGAGUUCAUAAAGAAACAACGGGGGUUUUGGUCUAAGUGUGAAGAAGAGGUUUGUUGUGCCAUACGGAAGGGAUUCGUCGCCUGUCACCAUGCCAUGUGGAAAAAGCUGCCUGAAUGGCCAAAGACGCUCACAGGGCUCCCCAGUACAUCUGGCACCACGGCCAGUGUUGUUGUGAUCCGGGGCAACCGUAUGUAUGUUGCCCAUGUUGGGGACUCGGCCGUGGUCCUGGGGGUACAAGACGACUCCAGCGAUCAGUUCAUCAAAGCAGUAGAAGUCACACAGGAUCAUAAGCCCGAACUUCCCCGGGAGAGGGAGCGGAUCGAAGGGCUAGGCGGGAGUGUCAUAAAGAAGUCUGGAGUGAACCGGGUAGUGUGGAAGAGGCCCAGGCUGAGCCACAAUGGUCCUGUCCGCAGGAGCACCGUCAUCGACCAGAUUCCCUUCUUGGCAGUGGCGAGGGCUCUAGGUGACCUCUGGAGUUAUGACUUCUACAGUGGUGAAUUUGUGGUGUCACCCGAGCCAGACACGUGUGUGGUGACCUUGGACCCUAAAAAGCAUCGCUAUAUUAUUCUGGGCAGUGAUGGCCUCUGGAAUAUGGUGCCUCCCCAGGAUGCAAUCUCCAUGUGCCAGGACAACGAUGAGGCGAUGGCUCCAUGUGGUGUUUCCAGCGCCCGGCAGCUUGUGAGCCAUGCCCUUCUGCGGUGGCGCCAGCGGAUGCUCCGUGCAGACAACACCAGCGCCAUUGUUAUUGCCCUGCAGGAGCCAGGCAGCCCACAGGACAUGCUGCACCAUGAGGAGGUGCUGCUGGAUCUGGCCCGGGUGUCCCAGACCCCCCCGACUUCCAUCUCUCGCUCGGACACACUGAUCCUGAGGCAGCCGGUUCCCAAGUUGGACAUGGCCCCUGACGUCUGCGAGCUGGUCCCAAGUCUGGAGCGUACUGAUGGCCUGCUUGGAGGCAGCAGCAGCAGCCUUUUCAGCAUCUUCUCAUCCAACCCCUUCACCUCCAGCCCUACGUGUAAUGAAUCCAAUGAACCACCAUCGCAGUUGACCGACGAGGGUGAGGCCUUGAGGGAAAGUGCCACCGGGCUGCCCGGCAGCAAACGGACCACCAACAUGCAAGCUACGCCUGACCAGACCGCCAAAAAGGCACGGCACAGGGAGGGGGGCAGGGCAGUGGAGGUCCAGGUCAGCACGGAGAAGGGCCCGAGCAACUCAUCCAGCAUUGCCUGCUCGCUGCUCCAGCAGCACGGCAAAGCCACUGUGUGUGUGUGCUGAGGGGGACUUUUCCCUGCAGCCCUGCAAGACCACACUGAGGAAUACACUUCAUAUUCACUCAAACCAAGAUGAAGUAAAGAUGCUGCCUUCCCCACUCCACAACCUUUCUCUAUUUUGUGUAAAGCGCAGUCUUGUUGACAUCAUUAGGGGAUUUAACUUAUGUAUUACCAUGUAGCACCUCUCCUUCACACAUCAAGUAAGAGGUUAAAGGGCUCUUUAUGGUUCCACGUACACGCAACGCAUGGGGGUUACGGACCCCUUACGUCCUUGCGGACCCUCCUUGCUUCCACCCCAAGGGCCGGACGUGCGCCUCACAAAAAUCGUAACCUUCCGUCGAGGUGACACAGCAGCAAGGGCUGUGAUUGGUCCGCUAACUAAAACCCGACACAGAACCAUAAACGUUCACGACUGCGUCGCAGCAUCUGCGUUGUCAUUGCGUUGCGGGAACGUGGGACAAUAAAAAGGCCUUAACUCUCUCGUAGACUUUGGUUCUCUUCGUUUGGUCAAUAAUAAUAUGAAUGUCCAAACUGCCAUUUUCUGGAAAAGUGCGCAAUUUGAGUGUUUCUUUUAUUUUUUAAUGUUAAUGGUUGGUCUUUUUAUGCAAUUAUGCAAAAUACUAUGAGAUAUAAUUAUCUUCAUGUAAAUAUUCUGUGAUAUGCUCAUUUAAAACAAAUGAAUAUAUUUUUUUACCUGGUUUUACUUUUACUGUUUCAAAAUCCUGUUUGAUGAACUACUUCACCAUAAAGGACAUACUUCUACAAUGAACUUUGCAUAACCCUUGGUGUGUGCGCUCGUAUGUGCGUGUGUGUGCAUAUGUGCAUGCGCAGUACAAGUAUUUACCCAUUUUACUUGUGAAUACUGGAUGACAUUUUCGUGAACACAAUAAGGUGCUGCUAUAGUAAGAACCAGUAAGCUAACAAAAGUGUGAAAUGAUUUACACAUGUUAAAAAAUGCUUACAAAUCGCUGUUGAGGGUGAAUCGUUUUACUUUGUUUUGCUCCAAAUUAAAUGUUGGACAAGUUAACUGUUACAUACACCCCACCAGAGGCUAUUUAUUUGAACUUUGACCACGCUUCAACCUGCAGAACUCCACAUUCACUAAAAAAGCACAAGAGGCAUGCGUUUGUGGCACCUGGAUAUAUAUUGAUAUUGUGUGAAAUUCAAUUGUUGUUCUGAUCAUUUGUAUUUUUGCUUACAACUUAGUGACCCGAACAGCGUGGGUUCUAGUUUUGUUUGUCAUUAUGUUAGCUGUUUGUGUAUUGAUGUGUCGGUUUAUUAUUCUGUUCAGUUGUUGUACCUGGGAUAAGCAAGGAAAAGCAAACAAAGUUUUAAGCGGAUGGGACCAGUGAUUUGUUCCUGUAGAAUGCUGUCUUUUAAAUAAGUGGAGUAUUUAUUUCUUAAAGUGUACAGAAUCAUGGCCUUACCGUCAUCAGAAAAUUCAUUGAUCUGAUCGACAUAGAAUAUCACAACUGAUCAUUUAAUAUUUGCUUUCGGCAGAGCAGAGAUUAAUGCCAAACACAAUUGUCUUUCCUAAUUCAGAAGAUGAUGUUAAGUGAGAGCUGUGGAUUUUUGAUACAACAAAGUGCAAUUUUUAUCAAGAAAAUUUGUAGCAUUGUUUGAUUUAGCUGAAAUCUUGACUUGAGGUAUUAAUGUGUUUAUGACAGUCUCUGCUAGAUAAUUUUGCCUCGCUGUAGUAUAUCUUAAUGAUUAUAAGAUGAGGUCUACUAUUCUUUUUUUUAUCUAAAAAGUUGUUAUAUUUGGUUAAACCACUGCUUACCGUGGCAAAUGCACCCCAUACUCCAAUAAGUGCAUGUGUACAAUUUAAAUGUGAAUAUAAUAAAACAAUAUGUAAAGAAAAUAUUGAAAUGAUUCAA